GCCGUGCGUCGCGGGGGGGCGAUGGGGGUGGGGGCGGGCUCCGCCCCUGGCAGGGGGCCUGAGCGCGCGCGAGGAGCCGCCGCCGCCGCCGCUGCCGCUCGGGGUCGCCUGGAGCCCCAGAUUCCCAAGCGCUCGGCUCGCAUGGCAGCCGCUUCGGCGCCCGGCCCCGCGGCCAGCUAGGGGCGGCCCCGCGCUCCCUCACGGCCCCUCGGCCGCGCCCGUCGGAUCCGGCCUCUUUCUGCGCCCCGGGGUGCGCCACCUCCCCGCCGGAGGUGAGGACUGCGGGGACAGGGCGCGCAGGGCUACGGGCGCGGUGGGGAUUCCAGGCCCCGCGCCGCCGCCGAGCCCAGCGCGGCGGAGAUAGGAAGGGGACGGGGGAGAGAGUGUUGGGGGGGCUGUCGGAGCUGUGGGGCGGAGACUGCUCGCUGCCGGGAACCGUCCCUCCCUCCGGCCCCCGCGUCCCCUCCAUGCUCGAGGCCGCCUCUCGGCGCUGUCCCCAUCCCGCGGACCCCUCCGUCCUGACUGCGAUCCCAGCUCCAGCCAUUCCCGCGCCUGGCCUCGCUCCGCGCUGCCCAUCUUUCGCCUCCUUCUUGUAGACCCCGCUCCCGGUUCCUGUUUUCGCUCUCCUUGCUCUCCUCGCCUGCUCAACCCUUCCCUGCCCCCAUCCUCCCGCUACUCCCAUCCCCUUCUUCUGUCCCGGCGCCCCUCUCCCCCGUCGGCUCCUGUCACUUGGAACCCGUAUCCGUGCCGCUAUCUCCGCGUCCGGCCGCCUCCCAACUGGUGCCGUCCCACAGGUGUCCACGCGUCCGGCCGUCCAUCCGUCCGUCCCUCCUGGGGCCGGCGCUGACCAUGCCCAGCGGCUGCCGCUGCCUGCAUCUCGUGUGCCUGUUGUGCAUUCUGGGGGCUCCCGGUCAGCCUGUCCGAGCCGAUGACUGCAGCUCCCACUGUGACCUGGCCCACGGCUGCUGUGCACCUGACGGCUCCUGCAGGUGUGACCCGGGCUGGGAGGGGCUGCACUGUGAGCGCUGUGUGAGGAUGCCUGGCUGCCAGCACGGCACCUGCCACCAGCCAUGGCAGUGCAUCUGCCACAGUGGCUGGGCAGGCAAGUUCUGUGACAAAGGCUUCCAUGGGCGUGACUGCGAGCGCAAGGCUGGACCCUGUGAACAGGCAGGCUCCCCAUGCCGCAACGGCGGGCAGUGCCAGGACGACCAGGGCUUUGCCCUCAACUUCACGUGCCGCUGCUUGGUGGGCUUUGUGGGUGCCCGCUGUGAGGUAAAUGUGGAUGACUGCCUGAUGCGGCCUUGUGCUAACGGUGCCACCUGCCUUGACGGCAUAAACCGCUUCUCCUGCCUCUGUCCUGAGGGCUUUGCUGGACGCUUCUGCACCAUCAACCUGGAUGACUGUGCCAGCCGCCCAUGCCAGAGAGGGGCCCGCUGUCGGGACCGUGUCCAUGACUUCGACUGUGUCUGCCCCAGUGGCUAUGGUGGCAAGACUUGUGAGCUUGUCUUACCUGUCCCAGACCCCCCAACCACCGUGGACACCCCUCUAGGGCCCACCUCAGCUGUAAUGGUACCUGCCACAGGGCCAGCCCCCCACAGCGCAGGGGCUGGUCUGCUGCGGAUCUCAGUGAAGGAGGUGGUGCGGAGGCAAGAGGCUGGGCUAGGCGAGCCUAGCUUGGUGGCCCUGGUGGUGUUUGGGGCCCUCACUGCUGCCCUGGUUCUGGCUACUGUGUUGCUGACCCUGAGGGCCUGGCGCCGGGGUGUCUGCCCCCCUGGACCCUGUUGCUACCCUGCCCCACACUAUGCUCCAGCGUGCCAGGACCAGGAGUGUCAGGUUAGCAUGCUGCCGGCAGGGCUCCCCCUGCCACCUGACUUGCCCCCUGAGCCUGGAAAGACCACAGCACUGUGAUGGAGGUGGGGGCUUUCUGGCCCCCUUCCUCACCUCUUCCACCCCUCAGACUGGAGUGGUCCUUUCUCACCACCUUUCAGCUUGGGUACACACACAGAGGAGACCUCAGCCUCACACCAGAAAUAUUAUUUUUUUAAUACACAGAAUGUAAGAUGGAAUUUUAUCAAAUAAAACUAUGAAAAUGCAA